CAAACCAACCCCCGCCAAACCAAACCAGACCCGAACCUAAACCCAUACAGUACAAUCCACCAGAUCCAUCCAUUCCAAUAUCCAUAACCCAGCUGACCUACCCAUAGUCUUUAACCUACAAACUCUACCUACUUCUCCUCUACUGGUGUCUCACUCUAUCUCAUCACCUGUCUUUUCUUUUCCUCUCUUCUCCUCAGUAGAGUCUCCGUUUGUCGCCCAUCAUGUCCAUCUCCAAUAUCCUGCUCUACUUCCUCCUCGGCUACGCCGCCCUAAUAAUCUUCUUCUACGCCAUGUCCCUCGUCGUUCCAAAAGCCGCCUUCGCCGCCCGCGGUCUCGCCUCCUACAUCUCUCUCCUCGCCGUCGCAGCCUACGGAGUCCUCGCCUCCAUCUUCCUCACCGUUGUCGGAAAGCAGCAGAUCGCGCAAUGGGCUGUCGGCCGCUGUUUUCACCAUGUUAUGCGCUACACCACUGGCGUUGAGUUCGUUGUCGAGGACCCUGAUAACGUCCUCGGUACUACGCGCCCGGCCAUCUUCAUCGGAAACCACCAGACGGAACUCGAUGUUCUCAUGCUCGGAAUCGUGUUCCCCAAGUACUGCAGUGUUACUGCCAAGGCCUCGCUGAAGAAGGUACCUUUCCUCGGCUGGUUCAUGUCGUUGAGCGGUUCCAUUUUCAUCGAUCGCAAGAACAGCAAGGAUGCCCGCGAGGCUAUGAAGGGCGCUGCUAGUGAGAUCCAGUCCAAGCGACAGAGCGUCUACAUGUUCCCCGAGGGUACUCGAAGUUAUGCCAAGGAGCCCAUGCUGCUGCCUUUCAAGAAGGGUGCUUUCCACCUUGCUAUCCAGGCCGGCGUGCCCAUUGUUCCCUGCGUCGUCGCAAAUUACAGCCAUAUCAUGCACCCAAAGACUCUCACCUUCAAAUCUGGAAAGAUCCCCGUCAAGGUUCUCAAGCCUAUUCCCACCAAGAACUUGACCGCCGCCGACGUUGACGAGCUUACCCGCACGACGCGGGAGCUCAUGCUCAACGAACUCGUCACUCUCACAGCAAAGGCCCGCGGCCAACCCAUGGCUGUUCCCGCUUCGCUUGACUCAACAACUGGCAAGAGCUCGGCCAUCGAUACAAAUGGCUCAGCGCACUAAGCGCAUCUCACUGAACAAAAAGAAAUCAUUGAGGAGGAGGAGGAUUGGGUAGGAUAGGAUAGGGAUAAGGAGUUUGCCAUACGGGGAGUCACGUCGGAUGCAAAGACUUGAGGCAGCCUUUUGAUACCCCCAUAGACGCAUGCAUGAGGCGGCUUGUGUUCGCUAGGUUUACGGGCUUGAGCUCAGCCUAACUGUUUUGGUGUACUGUUUCUGCUUUUUCGUUACUGCAGCUUGCUUGCUGGCGGAUUUGCGCCUGUUUGUUUUACCUAGGUUAGGUUCAUGAGGCGGGCUCACAAGAUGUUUUCAGAAUUUAGUCGCAUGACGGAAUGAAUAGACGUAUAUACGUUACAUAUGCGGAUGUCGAUCACUCCCCUCCAAGUGUCACAGGAAUUCACAUGCAUACAGAUCUGUAUGUAACUUGUACACUUUUCGAGUUUCAUUCGGUAUCGUCUAUCAUCAUCUGCACGCCAAAACCGGAGGACCAGAAACGAGAUUCAACUCCAAGAUCGCCAGACCCGACCUGCCCUUAUAUUCCGCCAUGCUCCGAGGCCGACCAAUUACAAGGAAAUAUCGCUACACUAAAAACCACACAAGAAAUCAAUGAAGUCCAGCUUUGUAUAUAGCAAAUGUACCGACAGGCUUACUCUCUAAGUGCCUGCAGUGCUUGCGUCAGUGACACGACCCUCAGACUUCGACCCCGUCUCGGUGUUCCCAUAGCAGCCGAGCUCGUGUGUGUUGUUGUAGGGCUCAAGUCAUCUCGCCAGAAACGGAAGACACGCUUCAGAUCCCGAGGAAUACCUUCCAAUACGACCGUUGAGAUGGGCACAAAAGGACGGUCCUCCAUGCCCGCGGCAAGGAUAGCAUAUUCUUGAGCAAAGUCGAGAGCGUUGCGGAAAGACGAGUAUUGUGACUGAGCACGGGCGCCAACAAUGAUGUACAUCUCAAAAAAUGCGUCAAGAACAUAGAUGUGCUCAGGAGAAAGGUCACGCUGGUUGAAGAGAGCGAUCUCAAAAACCUGGUGCUUAUUAGUGCGCCGACAGCUUGAGCCAAUGUGAAUCAACAUACCUGUUGCCGUGUGUCUGCAUCCGAGCAGAAGAGUCUGCUGCAGUACUUGGCAUAGUUGGGCUUGAGCCUCCAAUGAUCAGCCGAGUGAGGCUUUGAUCCGCUCUCAAAAAGUUUCCAAAAUGACUCAGACUCAUCGCCAUCGUCGGCCUCGAUUAGUUCUCCAGUGAGUGUAAGCUCAAUGGCGAUGAGCUUCGCCGCACUCAGCUCUGUUACAUCGCAUCCUCGUCCCUUCCAGAUAUAGGCUUUACCCUGACUAGUGAGAACAUAGACGAAUCCUGCGCAGAGACUCGACGGGCUGAAAUCACACUCAUCGAAAGCGACCUGGCCCUGAUAGCGCCGGCCGCAGAGCAUGUUGGGUGCCAGUGAGUCGUACUUGUUGCUUGAGCCGCGUCUAAUCAAAACAACUCCACCGAGUGCUUGCAAAAACUCCGUUGUCUCCUUGCCUUGCUGCAUCUUGACAAGCUUACCGCCCAAUGCCUUGGCUUCCUUCUGCACGAAAAGAAGGGCAUCGUCAGCAGCCGACUCAGGAACCUGGUCACCAA